GUGCUAUGUGCUAGGUGUUCAUCUGAUAGAUAGCCUUCAGGAUGCUGAACUACUCAGACAUCUCUUGUGCCAGAAAUGGAAUCGUGGUUACCAUAAACCACUUCAGGCUCAAGGACAAAGGCAUGGGCCAACACCGAAAUGCUUACAACUAUAAGAAUCAGAACUAUGAGGACCUUCGAGCAGAGUGUCUCAGGAAGGGGGAACUGUUCGAAGACCCCUUUUUCCCUGCUGAACCCAGUUCUAUAGGUGUCAAGGACCUGGGCCCCAACUCUAAACACAUGCAGAAUAUCUACUGGCAGCGGCCGAAGGAUAUCAUUCAUAACCCCCAGUUCAUCACAAACGAUUUCUCUCCCACGGACAUCUGCCAAGGGAUCCUGGGGGACUGCUGGCUCCUGGCUGCCAUUGGCUCCCUCACCACCUGCCCCAAACUGCUGUACCGUGUGGUGCCCAGAAAUCAGAACUUCAGGAAGAACUAUGCUGGCAUCUUCCAUUUUCAGCUUUGGCAGUUUGGACAGUGGUUGAACGUGGUCGUGGACGACCGGCUGCCCACUAGGAACAACAAGCUAGUAUUCGUGCACGCCCCCCAUCGCCAGGAUUUCUGGAGCGCCCUGCUGGAGAAGGCCUAUGCCAAGCUGAACGGAUCCUAUGAAGCCCUGGCUGGAGGCAGCACUUUGGAGGGUAUGGAAGAUUUCACAGGCGGCAUAGCACAGUGCAUUCGGCUCCGGAAGCCCCCUGAACACAUGCUGAGGCUCCUUAGGAAAGCCCUGGAGAAAUCUUCCCUCAUGGGCUGUUCCAUUGAAGUCACCGACGACAGUGAAGUUGAAACAAUGACACAUAACAUGCUGGUGCGAGGACACGCUUACGCAGUGACUGGCCUAGAGGAUGUCCACUACAGAGACAAGUUGGAAACUCUAAUUCGGAUCCAGAAUCCCUGGGGUCGGGUUGAAUGGAAUGGAGCUUGGAGUGACAAAGCCAAGGAGUGGGACGAGGUGAACCCGGAUGUUCUGGUACAGCUGCUACACAGGAAGGAUGAUGGGGAGUUCUGGAUGUCCUAUGAAGACUUCAUGAGCAACUUCACACUGCUGGAGAUCUGCAACCUCACCCCGGAUGCCCUCAACACCUGGGAUUACAAGAGCCGCUGGCAUGCGACCUUCUAUGAGGGCAGCUGGAGAAGGGGGAGCACCGCAGGGGGCUGCAGAAACCACCCCGAGACGUUCUGGAGCAACCCCCAGUUCAAGAUCUCUCUCCCAGAAGUGGAUGAUCCAGAGGAUGACUCUGAGAGAAACGAAAUGGUUUGCACCUGUCUGGUGGCACUGAUGCAGAAGAACUGGAGACAUGCUCGAGAGGGACCCCGGCUCCUCACCAUAGGCUUUGUCAUCUUCUCGGUCCCAAAGGAGUUUCAGAACCUCCGGGACAUCCACCUUAAGAAAGACUUCUUUGUGAAAUACCGGGACCACGGCUUUUCAGAGAUCUUCAUCAACUCGAGGGAGGUGAACAGCCAUCUCCGCUUGCCCCCGGGGGAAUACAUCAUUAUCCCCUCCACCUUUGAGCCCCAUAAGGAUGCUGACUUCCUGCUUCGGGUCUUCACGGAGAAACACAGUGAGACCUGGUUGCUGGAUGACACCAACCGGCUUGAACAUCUCCAAGAGGAGACCGUCACUGACAAGGAUUUGGACAAGGAUUCUCUUCAGCUGUUUGAAAUAGUGGCAAACCAAAAUGACGAAGUGGAUAUGUAUGCACUACACAAACUUCUCAACAAGAUGACAGCUAAAUUAAAGAGCUUCAAGACAAAGGGCUUUAGCUUGGAAGUCUGUCGCCGGAUGAUCAACCUCAUGGAUAAAGAUGGUUCUGGCAAGCUGGGGUUUUAUGAAUUCCAGGUCCUAUGGAAAAAGAUCAAGAAAUGGACGGAAAUCUUCAAAGAGUGUGAUGAGGACCACUCUGGGAACUUGAACUCCUAUGAGUUGCGCCUGGCAAUAGAGAAAGCAGGCAUCAGGGUGAACAACAGAGUGACCGAGGUGAUCGUUGCCAGGUACGCAGAUGAUAACAUGAUUGUGAACUUUGACAGCUUCCUCAACUGUUUCCUGCGGCUCAAGGCCAUGUUUGCGUUCUUCUUAUCCAUGGACACCAAGAAAACUGGUUCUAUUUGCUUGAAUAUUAAUCAGUGGCUGCAGAUAACCAUGUGGGGGUAAGGAGAUGCGAAGCCUGGCUCCCUCCUUCCUCCCUCCGCCGGCGGCGCUCCUGCUCCGGCCAGGAUGGUGGAUGCUCCUUGUCACUCUCGCUCUCGCUCUCCACUGCCCCCGGCGCAGUGUUUACUCCGGGGCCCCUGAUCCGGACUGACCGGAACUCCAACCCCGAACCCCUACCCCCACCCCGCCCCGAGCACUCUCCCGCCGUAUGUAGACUAAAAAUGAGGUGGAUUCUCCCCCAGUUUUUCGCUGGCGAAGGCAGUCUUGCAGCUUAAGUGUUCCCGCGUGCUGCCAGCUCACACCCGCCUCCUAGCCCGCCCUCUUGUCAGGAAUUCCAUUGCCUCCCCCGCGCCGCGUCGUACACAUUAUUCUAAUAAAGAGGACGUGGUU